CACGCGUCACUCCACCCCCAAUCUCUCUCUACCAAUUCUCCGCGAAGAAAGCUGAAAUCUCUCUCCUCCCUCUCCUUUCUCUCUCCUCUCCUUUGUUUUGUUUUGUUUUGUUUUGUUUGCAUUAAGCGUAGAGUAGUAGUAUAACUAUAACUUCUCUUAACAUUUUGGAAAUUAGGGGGGAAAAUAAAGCCUAUUAUUAGUUUUUUCGCUCCUUUUCUCUUCCCACGCGAGUUCGAUCCGCCAUUUUCGCACCUUCUUCUCCUCCUCCUAUCGCAUCUUAAUUUUCUUUAUAGGUUUUGAGGAUUCAUGGUGGCUACAACAAUGUUAAAUGUUAGUAAGCAGUUCAUCUCUGUUCAUCCUGAAGAGCUCAAAUUUCAAUUUGAGCUGGAAAAGCAAAGCUUUUGUGACCUGAAAGUUACUAACAACACAGAUCAAAAUAUUGCUUUUAAGGUCAAAACCACUUCCCCUAAGAGGUAUUAUGUACGGCCAAACACUGGUGUUUUACAUCCUUGGGACUCCUGUGUCAUACGAGUCACUCUCCAGGCUCAACAGGAAUAUCCUCCUGAUAUGCUAUGCAAGGAUAAAUUUCUUCUUCAAAGCACAAUAGUGUCUCCAAAUAGUGAAGUCGAUGAUCUUCCACAAGAUGCUUUUAACAAAGACAGUGGGAGGACAAUCGAGGAAUGCAAACUUAGAGUUGUGUAUGCCUCCCCCAACUCGACUCAGGGUAGUGCAGAUGAGGACUCAAUUAAUAAGCCUGGAAGAGGCCUGAAUGCACAGGGCAAUUCAAGUCUUGAAGAUAAACAGAUUGUGCAACGUGUGAAAGAAGAAAGGGAUGCAGCUAUCCGACAAACGCAGCAACUCCAACAGGAAUUGGAAAUGUGGAAGAGACGCAGACAACGCAGAAAUAACUCUGGUUUCUCAUGCAAAUUUGCUCUUUUUGUGGCUCUGAUAGGGAUUAUGCUCGGCAUUCUGUUAAAACUCUCUUUCUCUUCACCAACUACACCAUAGUUAUGUUAUUUCGUGCAGGAGACGAAUUCUUCUUUGUAUCAGUAGCUAUAUAUCUAUCUACCUUCAUUUUUUCCAUCUUCUCUCAGGCUAGUCAUUGCUCCCUGUAAAUUGAUGAUCAAAAAUUGUUUUCAUUGUUCUUCUCUCUUUCCUUUUUCUCCUUUCUUUUUUCCUUUCCCUUGAUAUGUCGAAUAGAAUUUGCUUCUGGCAGUUAAAAAAAUGAGAUGUUCGCUUUGUGAAAACAUGGAAGCUUAAGUGUCUUGUUUAUUUGCUGCUCAA